AUGUCCGACGUAGCCCACCUCAAAUCCCUCCUCGGCGUCCACCCCGACUUCCCCAAGAAGGGCAUCACCUUCCUCGACAUCUUCCCGCUCAUGCGCGACCCCUACGCAUUCGAGUCCCUCAUCACCCACCUCGUCCACCACAUCACCACCACCCACACUGUCAAACCUGACGUGAUCGUCGGUCUCGACGCCCGAGGUUUCCUCUUGGGCCCCAUCAUCGCUAUGCGCCUCGGCGCGGCUUUCGUCCCUGUACGAAAGGGCGGAAAGCUGCCUGGUCAAGUUGACACGGUGGCUUAUGAGAAGGAGUAUGGAGUGGAUGAGUUCCAGAUGCAGAAGGGGGCUGUUCAGGCUAGACAGAAGUGUAUCGUUGUUGACGACCUCAUCGCAACUGGUGGCUCCGCCGCUGCCGCUGGCCAGCUCAUCAAGUCCGCCGGCGGAAGCACGCUCGAAUACCUCUUCAUCAUCAGCCUCCCUUUCCUCAAUGGAGCAGACCGCCUCGAUGCCCCUGUGUACGCCAUGAUUGAAGCAGAGGACUAG